UGGCCGCUGCCUCCCGGUGAGCGCCCUCGCGCGAGCCGGCCGUUGCUGGGCAUGCUCCCUGAGUGCCCCGCACCAGCAUGGCGGUCGUCUCCACCCGGGUGACUUUAAUUCUCGGUUUUCGGUUCUAGCCGGCCGGUGCUCAGUUCUCUUCAGAAAGCUCUGAGCGCCUGGUGGAGCCGGGGAAAGGAAGGGGGUGCAGGGGUGAAAGGGGAGAGGGGACUGCAGGUAUCCGGGCCGGCUCCUGGCGAGAGGAAGAUGGCUGAGGGCGAGCGGCAGCCGCCGCCAGACUCUUCGGAGCAGACCCCUGCAGCCGCUCAGAACUUCAUCCUUCCGAGAAAGGAGAUCCACACGGUCCCAGACAUGGGCACCUGGAAGCGCUCUCAGGCGUACGCCGACUACAUCGGAUUCAUCCUCACCCUCAACGAAGGUGUGAAGGGGAAGAAGCUGAGCUUCGAGUACAAAGUCUCUGAGGCCAUUGAGAAGCUGGUCGCCCUCCUCAACACGCUGGACCGGUGGAUUGACGAGACCCCUCCAGUGGACCAGCCCUCACGAUUUGGGAACAAGGCCUACAGGACCUGGUACGCCAAGCUCGACGAGGAAGCAGAAAACUUGGUGGCCACAGUGGUUCCCGCCCACCUGGCAGCUGCCGUGCCCGAGGUAGCCGUGUACCUGAAGGAGUCGGUGGGGAACUCCACGCGCAUCGACUAUGGCACAGGACACGAGGCGGCCUUCGCUGCUUUCCUCUGCUGCCUCUGCAAGAUCGGGGUGCUCCGGGUAGACGACCAGAUAGCUAUCGUCUUCAGGGUGUUCAAUCGGUACCUCGAGGUCAUGCGGAAGCUCCAGAAGACGUACCGGAUGGAGCCAGCCGGCAGCCAGGGAGUGUGGGGCCUGGAUGACUUUCAGUUUCUGCCCUUCAUCUGGGGCAGCUCGCAGUUGAUAGACCACCCGUAUUUGGAGCCCAGGCACUUUGUGGAUGAGAAGGCCGUGAAUGAGAACCACAAGGACUACAUGUUCCUGGAAUGCAUCCUGUUUAUCACUGAGAUGAAGACCGGCCCCUUCGCGGAGCACUCCAACCAGCUGUGGAACAUCAGUGCCGUCCCCUCCUGGUCCAAAGUGAACCAGGGUCUGAUCCGCAUGUAUAAGGCCGAGUGCCUGGAGAAGUUCCCUGUGAUCCAGCACUUCAAGUUCGGGAGCCUGCUGCCCAUCCAUCCGGUCACCUCGUGCUAGGGGCUGAGCCAUUCCUGUGCCUGCCCCCCACCCCUGCCCCAGCUCCAGCCUCCCCCAACCCCUCCCUCUGUUCUUUCUGUUUGCCGAGAGGCUGUCUACUGGGGCGAGUGGUGAGCGUGGGGUUGAGGGAGGCUCAGGGCAUGAGGCUGAAGGACACAAAGUGAAGGGAGAAGUGACCGACGUGGGCCCUGUCUCCCUGCAGGGGGUGGGGGGCAUGCUCGGGCCCUGGUCCCGCUCUUGGCCUCCCUCUCCUCCUCCCUCUUCUGUCCGGGCCCGUUGGGGACCCAGGCUGUUCUGCACCCCUGGGAAGGGGAGGAGUACGCACUUCCCAUUGCUUUCCUUUCCCAAGUCCUGUUGCCUUUCUAGGGGUUGGAGCGGUUGCUCCCUGUGGGUGGGUCAGUUCCUUAAGCCAUGUUUGGGUGGGCGUCCGGGGGUCCUGAAGGCUGGAGGCAGCUGGCGGCCAGCCCGGGGUGGGGUCAGGGACUGAGAGGCGUCGGCUCUGCUGUCCAGGGACCCUCCCAGCGGCUGCUCGUGGCUGCCCCCCCGGGCCUGCGGCACUUGUGUCCGGUGCCUCUUCCUGGCUGCUCUGUUCUUUGGCCCUUGGCUUUGUGGGGUUUCCUGUCCGGACCCACUCCUGUCCCCCUCUACAAGGGUAGCCCUUGGAGGUGCCGUCUGGGUAGGCCCUGGGCAUUCAGAGGGCCCCGGCCAGGCUUGCUCUGGCUGAUUGGGUGAGGCCUGCCUUCCCAAAGUCUCGGGCUGGGAGGGGGUGGCUGAGAUGCAGGGAGGGGCUCGGGACCUGCUCUGCUUGCGGGCAGCCUGGAUUCUUCUCAAGUCAUACCUUCUGCUCCUCACCCCCUGCUGCUUGCUUCUCCAGGGCCCCGUGGCCCUGGCCCUCUCUGCUUGCUCUUCGGGACCAAGGGCCUGGGGCCACCGGAGCACUCAGCAGCGCCCCUUCCUUGUCGUCCCCUCUCCCCGAACCUACCCAACUGGUUCUUCAGGAUGAGGCAGAGAUGGCCCCCCAGCCCGGGCUUUGGCUCUGAGGAUGGGCAGGGGCUUGCUGGGGGAUGGGGCGCUGGCAUGACAGGUCCUGGGUUUUCUUGCAGGGCUGCUCCGGGGCCGGGCUCUUCCAGGCUCUUCCCUGGCCAAAGCCCAGGCCUGCCCUACUCCAAAGCCCCGCCCGCUGUCUGGGUCCACACCCCCUUUGGGAAGGGGGAGCUGCCAAGAAGCACAAUUCAGGGGCUCGACCCUCACACCUGGGCCGGUGGCCUGGGCAGAGGCCGGGAUGGGAAGCACAGGGGUCACAGAAAUAGUUUUUCUCCGAGAGGCCCGGUGCCGGCCUCCCUCCCGGGCCCAGACCGCCGCCUGCCUGGCUCCUCUCGCCCUGCCCUCUUCAGCUGCCCCGGCCCCACACACCUUCACUGCUGUUCAGAUUAAAGCCUCUGUUUUGCACCUGUCA